AUGUCUUUGCGUCCGUCCACUGCUCCUCUGCGCGCCCCUUUGCCUUCUCCUCCUGAGUCCUCUCUUCCUGCGCUUGCCGACCCUGAGUCGGACUCUCUUCGUGCUGCCAUUCCUACUGUCACGCGUCUGCUUGCUACUGUCGUCACUGACCCCUCUUUUGAGUCCACUGCUGCGUCUGCUCUAGUCGCUGAGCUCGUCGACUUUGCUGCUCGCUCUCGUCUCGACUACGCUGCUAGUCUUGUUGCUGAGUCUGCGUCUGUCUGUCCUCCGUCCGUUGGGGGUGAGUGUGCUCUUGGCACGGACGUCCUAGAGGACAGGCAGGAGGAGUUACAAUGUCUAGUGGCUGCUUCACCUCAUCUCGCGUCUGUACUGCUUGCCCCUGAGGGAGACCCUAAUGCACUAGACAUCCCGACUCCGCGUUCUUACGCGGAGGCCGUAGAGGGUCCCUACUCCUCUCAGUGGCAGGCAGCUAUGGAUGCAGAGAUGGCUUCCUGGAAGUCCACAGGCACCUACGUUGACGCGGUUCCCCCUCCUGGGGCGAACAUCGUCAGUGGCAUGUGGAUCUUCAGGGUGAAGCGGCCGCCGGGCUCUCCACCUGUCUUCAAGGCACGGUACGUUGCUCGUGGCUUCAGUCAGCGGCAGGGAGUUGACUACUUUCAGACCUUCUCUCCCACCCCGAAGAUGACUACUCUUCGGGUGCUGCUGCACAUAGCCGCUCAGCGCGACUACGAGCUUCACUCUCUCGACUUCAGCACUGCGUUCUUGCAGGGUAGCCUGCACGAGGAGAUCUGGCUUCGCCGUCCACCUGGCUUCACUGGGACUUUCCCUCCUGGCACCCAGUGGAGCCUCCGACGGCCAGUCUACGGUCUCCGCCAGGCACCGCGUGAGUGGCACGACACACUGAGGACUACGCUUGCGGCUCUUGGGUUUGCUCCUUCUUCUGCUGACCCGUCGCUGUUUCUUCGCACCGACACUUCCCUGCCGCCGUUCUACAUCCUCGUGUACGUCGACGACUUGGUCUUUGCCACAGCGGACACUGCUGGACUCGCCUACGUGAAGUCCGAGCUGCUGAAGAGACACACGUGCACUGACCUGGGUGAACUGCGCAGCUACCUUGGCUUGCAGAUCACUCGGGACAGAGCACGCCGCACCAUUACCUUGACUCAGUCACACAUGGUGCAGCAGGUCCUUCAGCGCUUCGGCUUCACGUACUCCUCGCCUCAGGCCACUCCUCUGCCUACUCGCCACUCACUCUCAGCUCUGCCUUCGGAUGAGUCCGUAGAGUUGAGUGGUCCACCGGAGCACAUGGCUGCAGCGAAGAGGGUAUUGCGCUACCUGUGCAGUACGUCGGGCAUGGGGCUAGUGCUUGGAGGGCGGAGUCCAGUGGUCCUUACCGGCCACGCGGACGGUUCUUGGGCUGACGACCAGGCUACGCAGCGGUCGUCACAGGGUUACACCUUCAGCCUUGGUUCCGGCUCUGUCUCGUGGCGGUCUACUCGCUCGUCCUCGGUUCUCAGCUCCAGUUGUGAGGCCGAGAUCUACGCCGGGGCCAUGGCUGCACAGGAGCUUCGCUGGCUCACCUACCUGCUGACUGACCUUGGAGAGCCGCCUCGUUCUCCUCCAGUGCUGUACGUAGACAACAAGGCCAUGCUGGCCUUGUGUCGAGAGCAGCGCUUGGAGCACAGAACGAAGCACAUUGCUCUCCGCUACUUCCUUGCUCGUGAGCUGCAGCAGCGUGGUCAGUUGCGACUUGCGUACGUGGCCUCUGAGGCCAACACUGCUGAUGUGUUCACCAAGGCACUCGCGCCUUGUGACCAUCAGCGCUUUUGCACCCAGCUGGGUCUUGUGCCUGUCUUGCCUCACUUGCUCUCCUCUUGA